AUGAUAGAGGGAACUUUUGCUGUCAACGUUCAUGACUCUCACCUCGGCCUUUUACGCCUCUGCCUCAGGGCCAUUGGCUGUUCCUUUGCGCUUCCUGUCGCCUUGGCUGUGCUCUGCAAGAAGGCUUUGUUCGCAUCACUGGAGAUGAUCUUCCAUGUUCUUAUCCGACUCCACUGCCUCUUUUCUGCCCGAGCCAGUCAACACCUGGCCAUUGAGAUUCAAAAGCAGGUUCAUCAGUAUGCUAGCCCGAAGAGCUCUACAGACAGCCUUCCUUCGCUCAUCUCACCCGGUUCGUUGACAUACAGCUCACACAUCGGCGACCUUGACCUCGAUCCCAACAACGACGACGACAAUGAGCUCCCUUCGCUUCCUUAUAUCCCUCCGACACCCGAGGAUACCAAGCGAUGGGUCGAACUCUCUGCUGAAGCCCGUCACAGGGUAGCAAAUGUGCAGCAUGACGGUUUGAACUGGAUGUCAUGGAGUCCGCCCCCGAGUCCCCGUUUGCCGUCGCGUGAUCUGCCAAAGGGUAUCCCGGAGUGGAGGGAGGAAUGGAGCGACUUCGACUUGCCUCCGAAUCCUCUAGACAUCCCGACGUCGGAGAGAUUGAGACGAUGGUGGGGUGAAGCUACUGAAGAGGACCGCGCCCGGAUCAAUCGUAUCAGCACUGACGGGUUGAACUGGCGGACGUGGGACCCUCCUUCCCAACCCUCCUGUGACGGAGAGCCAGUCGUUUGGUCUGGGAUUGGCCCUUGGGUUUCUGGAAAUGGCGACGAUGGCCUUCCAUACGGAACAUGUGCGACUGGUAACAUCGAACAGACGUUGCACAAGCCGACAGUGGACCGGCAGUCACAUGCACAACGACACCCUCAGAAUGGAUUGCCAUCUUGGGAAGAGCUCCCAUCCUCGCAUGAAGUGCUUGAGUUUGCCGUUUCGGAUACAGUUCACGCAAACUUGUUGCUGGUUGUUGCACUCACCUCGGCAGCAGAGCAAUCUCAGGACGACAACCUCUCUUCGAAGCGAAACUUGGGACAGGUCACGUAA